AUGCCGCGACACCGCUCGAGCGACCAUAGCAACACGACGCGUCACAGUCACACGAGAGCUCCACGAGACUUUUCGAGAUUUCAAUACUUCCUAUCAAAACACAACAUGGCGCCGAAAUCCUGGCCUGCUGAGGUCGACGUUUUCACUAUUCCUCAUUCUAGAAUGAAGGAAUUGGUGCAAAGAUAUUUAAACAUGAUGUCUGAUAUCAACUUUACAAAUGUUGGACACUUGACUUUGUUGUUGGAGAACCUCUGCAACACUUUUAAGGAGUUCUACAAUCAUGAGCAAGUGGAGAACCAGUUCAUCAUGAAGAAACUCAAAGAGAAACUCCAGUGUCUGUCCAUAAAGAACCAUGCUGUCUGUAACUGUCACUCGGACAACAGACUGACAGAGAUGUUAAACCUGUUCCAGGACGGGUACAAAUGUACCGAGAAGACUGAUGCUGAUAGGAUCAACUAUGGGAUCAAACUAAGGACUGCACUGGAGGAGUUUACCAGCAGCUUCCUGCCUCACAUGGAGGAGGAAGAGGAGAUAUUUCAGCCAAUGCUGAUUGAGUACUUCAGUUAUGAUGAGCUGUGUGACAUUAAGAAUGAAGUUCUGAUGCAUCAUUCAAUAAACCCAGGACAGAAGGAAGUAAAGCUGGAGGAAGAUGAUGAGUUGAUGUGUGAUGAAGUCCAAGAGAAGGAAGAGUUGGAGAAGUCAGAGAAGGAGUACAAGGGGAUAGACACUCUUCCAGAAGAACUGAUGCUGAAAAUCUUCUCUCAUCUCAACCCUCGCGAGCUCAGUCACUGUGCUCAAGUAUCCCAGCGCUGGAACGAGCUAGCUACUGAUGGAUCCCUGUGGAAAACCAUACUGCCUGUGCAGUGGUCUAUUGGCCAGUGGUCAUUUGCCCCAAGGCUGGACAGUGAUGUGGAAGAGGAAAAGGUGGAUGUCAUCAAGGAGCUGAUGGUCGAUGUCUUGUCAGAUGAGAUGGUAGAUGAAGAUGCUGAUCGAGAUGAGUCGAGAGGAGAUGACAGCGAUAACUCUGUAGAUGACGAGUGCACAGAGGAUAAACAGAUCCGUAAGGAGGCGGCCAUGUUGACAUCCCUUGUGAAGUACCUGUUGCCGAGAGUUGGGUCACAUGUCAAGUCUUGUUACCUUGGAUACAGUAAGGGCCUAGUCAAUGGGCUGCUUUACAAGAUUCUUUCUCAGUGCCCCAACAUGGAGGUCCUGGAUUUGUCUCAAACAAGGAUAUCUGACAUUGGUUUUAAAGGGCUUGGCCGAAAAGGAUGUGGAGCGAAGCUGAAAUAUCUCAAUCUGGGAGGCUGUUUUAAUAUCACCGACACGACAUUGAAGAGGUUGUCAUCUUCUUUUAAUAAUUUCUCUUGUGAAAAGUGGGAAAAUUACAGAGAUACAAAGGAAAAACGUGAGAAUAAAAAUAAUGAAAAAGACAGAGAGGAAGUUGGAAAAUGUGGAAAAUGCUGUAAACUCAAACAAGGAAAAGACAAAAAUGAGUCAGAUAUUGAAAAAUGGACAGAAAAGGAAUUGAAAGCAGACCAAGUAUCUAUGCAACAUGAACGUAAAAAUGAAGUUGUGCAGGAGGUUUCUGCACCUAUGGCUAAGAUCCACGAGGACAACAGUGACAGCAACUUCUCACAUCCUGCGCCAAAAGUCGAAACUGUGCCAAAUGAACCCAUUCUCACAGAUUUAGAAGAAUCUGUGUUACUUCGAAGCUUGAGUACCGUCAAUGUCAGUCAGGCUCUUGAAGACGCUUGUGACUACCUGGAGAACAUGAUGAAAAAAAAUUCUGGCAAGAUGAAUGAACCAAAGAUGUUGGAAGAAGGCAGUAAAGAUCUCGAUCACAAUGAAAAAGAUAUUAACACAAAAGAAGUGUGUGAAGUACAGUGUUUGAACAAUGAAAUCAUUGCAGGUCUUGAAGAUACAGAUUUGAUAAAUGCCGUUUCCCAAAAUGAUUCUGCUAAUUUGGUGGUGUGUGAAGACUGUUCAGCCACCAAUCAGACAAUGGAAACAUGUUCACAGGAAUCAAAUUCAACUUCAUGUUUGGAAAAGUGUGGUCAUUGCAGCACGUCUGCUAAACAUUUACAUGAAGCAGAUGUUAUGUGUUCACAUUCACAUCAGACUACUUUGAAGUUUCAUGAAUCUAAAAAACCAAAAAGGACUACAUGUGUUUCCCCUGAUCCCAAAUCCCCUGGUUCACUUGUUGACCCAAAACCUAGUCAACUACAAACUGGUUACCUUGGUCACCAAAACACUAAUAUCGUGAUCACAGGGGAAAGGGGUGACGAUGUGAAAAUCUGUGAUAAUGACCUUGACCUGAAUGGUAAAUUGAUGAACUCUGACCCCAGCUCUCAUGACCUUGAGUACCUGAGCCUGUCUGGCUGUUACCACAUCACAGACACAGGGCUAAGGUACCUGGCAGAGGAUGGGGGGCUUCCCUGUUUGAGGUACCUUGACCUAUCCGGCUGUCUCAACAUCACGGCCGAUGGUCUUACGGAGCUGGUCUCCGUAUGCCCCGCCCUGGACCGAGAGGAGCUGUACUAUUGUGACAAUGUCAUUGAUGGUCCUUACGCAGCCGAGGCCAGCGGAUGUCAGAACCUUGAAUGUAACUCCCGCGUCUGCUGCAGGUCAGGAUAUUAAAAUGUGACCAGGGGAUGAGUGAAGGUUUCCUGUGAAUCUGUUGAGGAGCUGGACCUAGCUCGAGUGUCAUAUGUCACUUCACCUACAAGGACACCUGAUAUAGCGAUAAAAAGGACUUAGUAGAGGAUCACAUCCACAAGAAUAGCUGUAGCAUGUAACUCGAGAAUUUUUUUCAUAAUAUCUUCGCUGGAAAACUGGAGGAAUUACAGUUUCAGAAUUUAUUAUCUUCAUUGUUAAAGGUGUAUCUAACGUGUAUGCUUUGUAUCAAUUAGCAACCAUGUAUUGUCUUUCAGAAAAAAAGUCAAAUAAGGCGAUUGAAAUACUAUGUGUACUUAUACUAUUUAAAUUGUUUUUUCACUUUGAAAAGGUGUGAAUGUUAUUUGUAGGCUGUAAUAAAAGUAAUUGAACUUCAACUUAUGUAGAUAUAUGGUCAUUAGGAAAUUUGGGUCAGAUUUCCGCAGUGUUUUUCAUUAAUGUAUGAUAUUUUUAGCUUGCCAGGCACAUCAUAACCUAGUGUCAUGAUACCUGGCCUAUUGCAUGCUGGGGAAAAGGUCUUUCAAGUUUAUUUUACUGAAAACCUAUAUUUAAAGUGAUAAAGGUCAAAUGUGUUAAAAAUUUAAAAACAUUUUUCUGAAAACGUCUGAAGGCUUUUGGUCUUUUUGCAUGGAGGAGAUGAAGGAUAAUAAAGUUAAUUUAAAUUAAUGACAUUGACCUUCUUUCUAGAUUACAAGGGUUGAUUGUGUUAGAACCUUUUAACAACGUCUUCUGAAUAUCCAUGAAAUCUAGAGGAAUAAUGUGAUUGGAAUGGCUCCAAUAACGUUUAAAUCAAUAACCUUGAACCACUUUGAAGCUCCGAAUUAAGUGUAGAUAUUUAGUCUAAAACUUGCUUGCUUGCUUGCUAUCAAAUUUUGUUAAAAUAUAUUUGACUUUUACCUACUUUGAAGGGCACAGAUGAAUGAUGUACAAUAUUUAAUAGUAAGUGAGCAAUACAGGCCUAUUUGGCCUCUGGCACAGAGAAUACAUUGAUGAAAAAGACUGCAGCGUUCAAAAUUGUCCCAUUUCUGUCGAUUUCAAUUGAAAUAUAUUUAAAGUUUGGGUAGGAUUACAGAACACACACAGUCAUGUAUUCUGUUUCCGUCACCGAGGCUUGGAUUCGUUUUGUCCUGGUAGGAUUACAGAAUACACACAGUCAUGUAUUCUGUUUCCGUCACCGAGGCUUGGAUUCAUUUUGUCUUCAGUUUGAUAUUUUGUUUUUGUAUGUUUUGUAUACUGAAGUAAUGUUUUAUUUUAUGAUAGUUUUGGUAGGAUUACAGAAUACACAGUCAUGUAUUCUGUUUCCGUCACCGAGGCUUGGAUUUGUUUUGUCUCUAGUUUGAUAUUUUGUUUUUGUAUGUUUUGUAUACUGAAGUAAUGUUUUAUUUUAUGAUAGUUCUGGUAGGAUUACAGAAUACACACAGUCAUGUAUUCUGUUUCCGUCACCGAGGCUUGGAUUCGUUUUGUCUUCAGUUUGAUAUCGUGUUUUUGUUUGGUUUGUAUACUGAGGUAAUGUUUUAUUUUAUGAGUUAAGAGUUCCAUUUUAUACAAUUGUGUUAUAUAUAUACACUAUACCUGAUUGACCAGAUUUGUUUCAAAUCUUUUUGAUGACACUUAUAUUUUAUCUGACAGGCAGGAAUUUUUCUGUUUUCAGUCAUAUUUUUGUUAAUCCAAAUUUAGUACUUUCGAUUAUUUGAUCAUAUUUUCGGGUCAUAGGAGAAAUGUGUUAAUUUCUUACUAGGGCAUUUGGUGUGUUGUCUAUUGUCCAUCUUCUCUUUAAGAACUGCAAGUUCACAUGGGUUAAUGUUAAAAACUUCAAACAACUUCUUCUGAAGAACCAAAAGGCCUAAAGUAGCUUCCUCAACGUACGAAGUCAAAGUUUAUGAAAAAAAGAUUACCUUGACCUACCUAAAAUUUUGUUAUUCUGAAGACUAUAGAGGUCAAAGUUAAUGAUACCUGGAAAAUUACGAGUAGCAUAUUGGGUUGAAGUUGGCUCAAAUGACAGACUUUAACCAACACUCAAGUUCAAAGGGGUCAAACAUGUUAAAAUCUUCAAGGGAAUUUUUCUAAAUACACAAUAUGACCUAGAGUUUAUUGAAAUAAAGGGCUAUUGACCAUGUUUAAAUAAAUGACCUUGACUCACCUGGUAACAAGGGUCAAAUGUUUUAAAAUAUUUAAGCAAUAUCUAAAUAUCCAUUAGUCUAGAUUAAUGACAUUUGCCCUGUAGCUUGCUGCUGUUAAAAGUCAUCAAGAUCGUUUGUCAAAAUAAAUUACCUUUACCUUCAUAUUGGCCACAGGGGUCAUAUGUGUGAAAGAUUGAAGUAAGGCCUAGGGUAGUAACACUAAGUCGGUAGCUUGCUGGUAUAAUACGUGAUCAAGUUUGUUGAAAUAACUGACCUUUGCCAGCUUUUGAAAGUCGCACGAUUUGUAGACUGUUAAUGUUUGCUUGGUUGAUUUAAAGUCUGUCUCAGAAUUUGUACUAAGUGGAACAGAGGGCAUUAGAAAUAUUUAUCAUUACACUUAUGUACCUUCAUUAGUCUUCACCAUCAACACAAGCGGCACAAGGCACAAGGGGGGGGGGGGGCGGACGGACGGACUAUAGGUUUCCUCUCCAUCCGUCUGUGUAACACCAAUGUUUGUCAGCACUCUAGCGGCUUCAUUCCUUGAAGUAUUUUUUACUCGGACAAGUUCGAGUUU